GCUGGCAUUUCAGUAAAAGGCUAAAAGCUCAAUAAAUUCCAAUUAUUUUAUCUAUUUCCCGUCAUUACUAUUUUCAGAUUUUUGUCUCUUUCCCCGCUCUCGUGCUCUCGCCGCCGACUGCGUAACGGUCGCCGGCCGCAUUACGCCGACAAACACGUUCCCCCCGCCGACGUUUCGAAAAUCUGUUCCCCUCGAAGUUCUAAGAUUCGAUUGCGUACUCGUUUAACUUCCCGAAAGCGUUUCUCAGGAGGUGAGCAAGAUGAUUGGAUCGUUUCUAACCAGAGGACUUGUAAUGGUGUUUGGAUAUGCUUAUCCUGCUUAUGAAUGCUACAAAGCUGUUGAGAAGAAUAAGCCUGAGAUUCAGCAGCUUCGGUUCUGGUGCCAAUAUUGGAUUCUUGUGGCUGCUUUGACUGUUUUUGAAAGAGUUGGGGAUACUUUCGCUUCGUGGGUUCCGCUGUACAGCGAGGCAAAGCUGGCGUUCUUCAUAUAUCUUUGGUUCCCUAAGACCAGAGGAACCACAUAUGUCUAUGAUUCUUUCUUUAGACCAUAUGUUUCAAAGCACGAAAAUGAAAUCGACCGCAACUUGGUUGAGCUAAGGACCAGAGCUGGAGAUAUGGCGGUGAUAUACUGCCGGAAAGCAGUGUGCUAUGGACAGACAAGAGUCACUGAUAUCCUGCAGUUUGUAGCUCUACAGUCAACACCGAAACCUAAGCCUAAGGAAAAGAAGCAGACUCCACCAGAAGCAGAGGAACAGAAACAACCGGAUCUCAAGGCGGCGAGCCAAGCAGGUUCUAGUCCUCAAGCGCGUCCACAACCCAAGAAACCACAGCUUCUAACCAAAGAACCUAUAUCUGUAAAGCCUAUUAUACCUCCUCGUAAGCAGCUGCAGCAACAACAACAGCAGCAAAUAGAAACCAAGGAAGCAAAACCAAGCGCAUCACAAACCAAACUCACUCCUCUUCCUCUACCAUCAUCACCUUCAACCGCCCCUAAACCAAACGCUGAUCCAGCACAGCCAUCAUCAACUACAGAGGCAGAGAAAGCGUCAGAGACUGCUGCUGCGUUACCAGCGAUACCAGCGUCUGCGAUUAAGCGAGCGUCAUCUUCUAAAGAGACAAUCAGGGAGACAAUAAUGGAGGAAACACUAAGGGUCACACGUGGGAGUCUGAGAAAAGCUCGUUCAACGGGGACACGCUAAAACAAUAAACACACGAGUUCAAAACUCGGUCUGGUCUUUAAUGUGGUUUCUUUUUCCUUACGAAGUCAACCUAAAACAAGAAUAAGCGAUUUUAUUGGGGAAAAAAUGGAGUCAUAUUCGUCUUUUUAGUUAGAUGUAAAUUGCUCAGACUUGAGACUACUCUCCUAUUUAUCUUUUCGUAUUUAGAAAUUUAGAUUACCGAAAAA